AUUUCAGGUCACCUGUAGAGGAUAUUGUAUAUUCAAAAGAUGCACCACCAAGCACUAGUUAUCUUUCCGUUGAAGCCAAGUCAUCUAACAACCACAACGUUGAUUUAAGAGACCAUGAUAUGUCCAUCUUUAUCCCUCCUGGCGCUGUUCUCCAUGAUAACAAGGGUGAGAUCACCCUUACAGUCUUACGAGAGCUACCCGGUAUCGACCUCCACGUAGAUGAAUCAGUGGCUUGUUACGGGAUCAGAUGUGAUCCUCAAAAUCUCAUUCUCCUCAAACCUGUUAAGAUCAAGAUACCACACUCUUCAGUGGUCAUUAAUCCAGAUCAAGUGAAACCAGACAUCGUUUCUCGUGUAUGGGACCUUGUUAAGGACCUACCAGUAACUUCGCGAAGAAGAACAUCCAACUCAUCGGACGAGCCACCAUACUGCAAAGUUUUCAAGAGACACCUCGAGCUCUACAUCACACACUGUGCUGACUGGUGGGUACUUAUUCCUCUAGAACAACAUGUGAUUCGACAGAAACUACUAUGCUCUCCUUACAUCCCAGACAGCAUAGAGAGAGGACAAGAUGUUGACAUUCAUCUUCAUGUUCAUGCCAACCUACCAGGGAUGGAAGAGGUGAGGGACAACAUGUUGCAUAGGAUAGAUGGUUUUGAAGUGUGUGAGGGCGCAUGGGCAUUUACAAGUAAGGGUGAGCGAGUGUGUGAUAUAUAG